AGAACUCCAAACUUUUCGAAGUUUGGCAUCAACCGUCGUUAAAGCUCACUUCGGGUGAUUGGGAUGAGAUAGGAGGACUCACUGAGACUUUGUAACUGGCCUUCAUAGCAACUGAAAAGUUGCAGAGCAGCCAAUUAUUCAUGGGCGAUUUUUAUAAGCUAUGGUUAGACCUUAAGCUUACGAUCACCGCAUCUAAAGCCACACACAGCCAAGCUUUAAGACAAUGCAUCGAGGAUAGGGAAGAAAGUUUGUUUGCAAAUAAUGCUGUUCUGUGUAGCAUUUACUUGGAUCCUCGUAUUCGGAGAGUGCUGUUGCAAAAGCCACUGAGCAUUAUGUUGGCUAGAGCACAGCUUAAGGGACUGUUAGCUCAAAUUUUCAAUCUAAACAAAAGUAUGAAUCCAAUACCUAGGACUUCUCCAAAUAGCCCGACUGCAUCAGGAUCAUUGGAACAAGGAAAUGAAUUAUUGUCUCAAAAUUCGACCACCUGCUCGAUUUUAAAAGAGUUUUUAAAUAAUAUUGAAGUGGCUUCUGAUGACGAGGCCGAAGAUGAUGCACAUAUUGAGCAACUCAAAAAAGCAUAUUCCGAAAUUGGCAAUUAUAGCCCAAAGCCCGUGAGUUUAAAUAGGAAUAUAAUGGAAUAUUGGAAAGAAAAACAAUUUCAAUAUCCUCAUCUGUACCAAUUAGCCAAUGUUGUGCACUCUGUACCUGCAACACAAGUAAGCGUUGAAAGAUCAUUUUCUGCGCUUAAAUUGAUUUUGACAGACCAAAGGUGUAACCUUUCAAGCGAGUCACUGUCAAAAUUACUUUUUGUAAAAUUGAUUAAUAAUUAAAAAUAAAAAUAAUUUACUUCAUAUGAA